GUGAAAGAUUGCAACCUUUCAUGUAGACGCGCAGCGUUGGGUCAGUUAUUCGUUGUGCGCCUGAGGAGGGUGGCGCUAGAGCGGUGUCCCAAAGAGCGCGCGGCUCUACUGCGCUGCUAUAGCACACAGCUUACUCACUCCCUCAACAUGGCGAGAGUCGACGGCAUCUUCGCCCCCCAUACAUCAAGAGGAGUUUGCUUGUCACCGUUGCCAACUGUCUGCGCGGCUCUGACUCAAAUAUGAAGAGGAGAAGAUGGAGAAGUUUUCGGCGAGCAUUUCCGACAUCUCUUGGAGCGCCGUGGCGCUGCCGCUGGACCUGGUGGUCAGCAAAUUCAGACUGCCGACGCUUGUGAGACUCAAUCAAGGAGAUCAUGUGGAGGGUUUGUCAGAGGAUGACGUGGUGCUGCUGCACUCGUGUCGCCAGUGGACCACUGUCACUGCCCACAGUCUGGAGGAGGGCCACUACGUCAUCGGACCCAAGAUAGACAUCCCCCUGCAGUACCAGGGAAAGUUUAAGCUGCUGGAUCAAGACCGCGAUGUCCGGGAACCGGUGCAGUAUUUUGCGAGUGUGGAGGAGAUUGCCGGAACGUUCCCCGACCGAGUGUUUGUAAUGGAGAACAUCACCUUCAGUGUAAAGGUUGUCUCUGGCGAGUUCAGCGAGGACAGCGAGGUGUACAACUUCACCCUGCAGGCGGGCGACGAGCUGUCUCUCAUGGGCCAGGCGGAGCUCCUGUGCGUCCAGGGGGGGGGUGGUGCCGGCUCCUCCUCCAGCGGCGAGCGCUCGCGCCUGGGUGCCCUGCUCCGCCGCCUGGGCAAGGCCGGUGCCCUGGGCCGGCCGGCCCGCACCAAGAUGCCCUGCCUGAUCUGCAUGAACCACCGCACCAACGAGAGCCUGAGCCUGCCCUUCCAGUGCAAGGGCCGCUUCUGCACGCGCUCACCGCAGGAGCUGCAGAUGCAGGAGGGCGAGCACACGGUGCGCGCCAUCAUCGAGCGUGUGCGGCUGCCCGUCAACGUGUCGGUGCCCUCCAGGCCGCCGCGCAACCCCUACGACGUGCACGCCAUCCGCGAGGGUCAGCGCUACAAGCUGCUGAGCAUCAUCAGCAAGACGGUGGUGCUGUGCUGCGUGCUGCGCAAGGAGGAAAUGACGCCCUCGCACUUCCUGCUCCUGGCCGACAUGCCGCGCUUCCGGCUGCCCGAUGGCCUGUUGCGCGGCGACCCGCUCUACCAGCAGGUGGCGCUGCAGAGCGCGCUGCGCUGCCAGGCGGCGUUCGACCCGGACGGGUACUCGCGGGCGGUGCGGGAGGCGAGGACGGACCUGGGCGAGGAGUGCGUGAGCCCGCGGCGGAUCCGCGUGUGUGUGCCGGGCGGGAGUGGCGAGCUGGGCCGGUCGCUGCAGAGACUGUCGCUCUGUGUGUACGGCGGCGGAGGGGGUGGGGGAGUUGUUGGGGGCGGGGGUAUCGGAGGGGGCACACACAUGCCUGCACACACCCUGGCGUUGUCGCACGGAUGCCGGGACUCGCUGGGGGACGCCAUGUCGACGCCAACGCCGACCACCACGACGCACACAGACACGGAGGAGGAGCGGGAGUACAUGACGCCUGACUGGCCAAUAGAGGAGCCGCAGGAGAUCCCUUACGAGGAGCUGUGGACCAAUCAGAGCAGCGGUGGCGUGAGCUACAGUGGGGAGGCGGUGCCCACGAUGGAAGGGGGUGGGACUAAGUUGGAACAGAACCUCAUCUCCUUCCACUCUUCCUCUUCCUCUCUAGAAGGCCCCACCCACGUCACCAUGGUGCAGAUGGAGGCGGGCCGAGUGCCUACUCCGCCCCCUGUGCCACCCAAGUCAGAGGCAGUAAGAGAGGAGUGUCGUUUCCUGAAUGCUCCGCCUGUUCCUCCGCGCUGUGCUAAAGGCCCUGUCCCCAGUCCUCCAGUCCCGCCCAGAUUCCCAAAAGCCACGCCCUCUCACACACUCAGCCCCAACUUGUCCUACUACUCCUCUGGACUACAGGAAAGCCCUGCUCCGCGCAGUGGGAGUUGCUCUCCGUCCCCAGACUCUUACUCCCUGUACUGUUACCCCUGCACCUGGGGCAGCGACUGCGUGACCCCCGUGAGCUCUGGUUCCUCCGAGACGCCCACCAACCCUCCCUUGUCCUCCUCCAGCGUAGCCCCACCUGCUCAGGCUAGUUGGUCCCACCCCCGUGCCACCUUCUCUCCAAUCAGCACACCCUCUGCCCCUCUCCUGUCUGCCGACUCCUCCCACAAGUGUUACUCUAGCUGCCCGAGGCCACGCCCCACUUCCCAGAGCCGCUUCGCCCCAUUCGGCGCCCUCAACCCAUUUGCCAACCCAGGCCACGCCCCUUCGUCCACUUCCUCUUCACCAGCUGAGUGGCUCACCACUGCCCGAAGCCCCUCCCCUGGCCCCACCCUUCUCACGCCCGACGUGACAAGCCCCACCCUCUCCGUGGAACUAGAGGAGCCCAGUGUGAAAGACUUGGGGGCGGGCCUGACGCCAACGCCAUCUCCACGGCGAAUCAAAAGCCCAGGAGUUGCGGAGAGCCUCAGCACAAGCCCCUCCCCUACCCCAGCAGAUCCAAUCAGAGGGGCAGAGGGUGGGGCGAGCGGAGUGAUUGGUGGGCAGUCGGAUGAUUGGCGGCCCCCGGCGGAGCUGUGUGCACUCUCGGUGGAGGAGAUGUCAUCCUGCCUGCGCUUCAUUGGCCUGUCCGAGGAGGUGGUGGCCGUGUUCAGCCGCGAACGCAUCGACGGCUCCAUCUUCACCCAGCUGAGCGAGGAGAUCCUGGCCGACGACUUCAGCCUCACAAAGCUGCAGGUCAAGAAGAUCAUGCAGUUUAUCAAGGGCUGGAGGCCCAAGAUCUAGCGCAGAACAUGGCCCAGAGAACACAAAAUCACACCAUAGAGAACGCAGACGAUAGACGGAACUGUGGCAGAACCAUACCACAGAACACUAGCUGCUUGUUUGACUGACUGACUGAACAGUUAGAAUGUUCUUCAAGCGUUCUUAGAACAUUCCACAAAAAAUGCCGGUCCUGUAAGCUGGAAAGUCACACUUAUUAAAAAAAGGCCAGGAGUUAGACCAACACACACACACGCACACGUGCACGCACACACACACACGCAAGUGUGAGGCGACCACAGUGGGGUUUGUGAUGAGUCUGCGGUGUUGAGUCCUGAGUUUAACCUUUGCACAGCCACACACACCCACAGCUGCAACCUCAACACUGACCUCCGGUGGCCACUGGGUGUCAAGGCAUCCUGCUACACUGAGAGAUUGACAGCCUGAAUGCUUCUUCUUCAGCAGAACCCCUUCCCAGAACCUAGAUUGAUAAUCGGACAUGUGUGGGUGCUUCAUAGAACUACGUUUUAUGUUAGAAAAGCUAAUAAGCAUUCAUGGUUGAAGUGUGUGUGUGUGUGUGUGUGUGUGUGUGUGUGUGAACCACAUCCAUCAUGUGCCGGUAGGUAACUCGGGGUCAAUGUGAUCCUCUGAGAAGAAGCUGCCCAGACGCCAUCUAAAAACUGCCUAUCAGGCUACAAGGUGCAGUCUGUCAUUCUAAUCCAGCCGUCCAUUUUGUGUUCAAACACAGUCCUGACUCUGUAGAUAUGAAAGAGAGUGGCUCAGACCAAGCCAUUCAGUAUUCCAGCCAAUCACCAUGUUGCUUCAGGGGCACGGAAGGGUGGAGUGUGUUUUGAUACAAAUAUCAACAACUUUUUCACUAGAAUUGCGGACUGUACCUUUAAAAGGUAAAACCCAUUAAAGUACGACAAAUUGACUAAUUAGCCAGUCCAAGAACUUUUGUGCUGUACAGAGAUUUGUGUUUGUUGAUGUAUUUCUGUAACAAAUGUGUAUGAUUAUUAGUGAAAGAGAUUUGUUUGUCCUGACCCAUGUGCCUGUUGAAUUCAAGGGGGUAUUCCAAGUACUUGGUUUAGUGACAAACCUGGCUAAGUGAACUCAAAGUAGUGGCAGAGCAAAGCCAUAGGGCUCUUCUUUUAGGAGGUUUACCACUUACUUAGUUGACUUACCCAGGUUUGUCACUAAACCACAUACUUGGAAUACCCCUCAGAUCCUGUGUGCAUGUGCCUUUGGAACAGGAGGAACUACUUCUCAUGUGACCUGUAUGGAGAGAUGCCAUUGGCUGAUGAGACAUUGAUUGACAGGCAAAUUGGCCUCUGCCGCGUGCCUCUCUGAGGGAGUCACAGCACUUGCCAAUCACAGAGAUUCAAAUGGUGGUGGACAUGCCAGACAUCAUCACUACUUUACUUCAGAAACUUUCCAUCGUUUCGUCCUUCCCCCUUUAACCUUUUUAAACAUUUCUUGCUGAAACAUUCAUCCUCUUUUUCCUACUCAGUGGGAUAUCGCCUCUAUGGAGUAGAACUCCUCCAGAACAAUGUGAUGCUACAUUUUGUUAUACAUACAGAUGGCCAGGAAUUGAUUUUGUUUG